AUGGGCUUCAUGAAGAGUGAGGCAGAUGCUAACCUCUACUACUUGGUGGUUCGGGGUGAGGUUAUCAUUCUUGUUCUAUAUGUAGACGACUUUUUUCUAACAAGUUCAUUAGGGCUCAUAGAGGAGUGUAAAAGGGACCUUGCAGCAGAGUUUGAGAUGAAGGAUUUGGGACUUACACACCAAUUUCUAGGCAUGGAGGUGUGGCAGAUAGAUGGGGAGAUUUUCCUUGGGCAAGGGAAAUACUGCAUUGAAAUCUCAAGGAAGUUUGAGAUGGAGGAUUUUAGAGGCAUGUCUACAUCCAUGAUCAUGAAUUGGAAGAAGGUAGCCACAUCCAGUGAGAAGGAUGUAGACCUCACCUUAUACAAGAAGUUGAUUGGUUCUCUCAUGUAUUUGGUCGACACUAGACUAGAUAUAUCCUUUGCAGUAAACUCUCUUAGUCAGUUUAUGGUUGAGCCAAAGAGAGUUCAUUGGACAACGACAAAGCAUGUGUUGUGCUAUUUUCCUAGUACAAUCAGUGAGAGUUCAGAGUGCGAUAAGGAGGGAGAGAUGGAAUUCGACAUUGUGAUAAAAGAGGAGAUGGCGAAGGGCAACGAAGAAGAUGAUCCCUCUCGCAUUGUAGAACUAUUAGCCGAUCAAGGCUGUAGCCCAGAAUGCCCAAUCAAAACCCGUGCCGAGAAAAGGAGAAGGAUGAAGAAACCAUAA